GGGUUAGGGUUAGGAGGAAUAACUCCCCAGCUAGAUAUAUUUUAGAUGUCAUAAUUUAGCUCUUUUUUGCUUAAUUCUUCCUUUAACUCCACGGACAGUCAAAAGAUGGCUUCUGCUCACGACAGAGCUGUUCUCCAGGCUAUUUUCAACCCUACGGCCCCCUUUGGGGACAUUCCUGCUCUCAACCAAGAGGAAGAACUAACAGAUGAUGACAGCGGGUUUGACAGGGAGUUGCUGAGGCGAGUGAGGGAGCUGGAGAGGGGGGGGGUUUCUGCCGCGGAGGCCGGGGAUUUGAACGCCGCUCUUCAGCUUUUCAGCGAGGCGAUCCAGCUCCUGCCUCAGAAAGCCUCGGCCUACAACAACCGGGCCCAGGCCCUCCGGCUGCAGGGGGACACGCCAGGAGCCCUGCAGGAUCUGGACAGAGCUAUCAACCUGAGCGGAAACUCGGGGAGAACCUGCUGCCAGGCCCUGGUGCAGAGAGGCCUCUUACGGAGGUUAUUAAACCAAAAUGAAGCAGCCAGGGAGGAUUUUGAGCGCGCGGCAGCUCUUGGGAGUGAAUUUGCCCGACAACAGGCCGUGGUUUUAAACCCGUACGCGGCUCUGUGCAACAGGAUGCUGUCAGACGUCAUCAACAAACUCCGAAACCCCGAAGUGUCCGAGUUUUCUGCUUAUUCACCGAACAGCGGGUUUGACAGGGAGUUGCUGAGGCGAGUGAGGGAGCUGGAGAGGGGGGGGGUUUCUGCCGCGGAGGCCGGGGAUUUGAACGCCGCUCUUCAGCUUUUCAGCGAGGCGAUCCAGCUCCUGCCUCAAAAAGCCUCCGCCUACAACAACCGGGCGCAGGCCCUCCGGCUGCAGGGGGACACGCCAGGAGCCCUGCAGGAUCUGGACAGAGCUAUCAACCUGAGCAGAAACUCGGGGAGAACCUGCUGCCAGGCCCUGGUGCAGAGAGGCCUCCUCCGGAGGUUAUUAAACCAAAAUGAAGCAGCCAGGGAGGAUUUUGAGCGAGCGGCUGCUCUUGGGAGUGAAUUUGCGCGACAACAGGCCGUGGUUUUAAACCCGUACGCUGCUCUGUGCAACAGGAUGCUCUCAGACGUCAUCAACAAACUACGAAACCCCGAAGUGUCCGAGUUUUCUGCUUAUUCACCGAGUCAAUAAAAAAAUACGCUUUGUUUUGAUGUACUAAUUUACUCCUGUAAAAUCAAUGCAUCCAACAAAAACUCACAUUUACAGUGGGGGAAAUAAGUAUUUGACCCCUUGCUGAUUUU